ACUUCCCAUGGCUGGAUCCACAGUCUCUUGUACACAAUUCGAGAUGAAGGCAGCUAUAGUUUUGGCACUGAUCGGUUCAGUUUUGGCUGCUCCGCCACUUGUGGUGAUGGUGACGCCAGUUCGCGACUUUGACCAGUAUGCUCAUAUAUUUGCGGAGGUACGACCAGCGGGACAAACAUCUCAACAUCACAAUCAGCCUCAAAAUUUGGAGAUUGAUGUCAAGCAGCCAAAUCAUCAGGUGGAGUUGGAUAUUAAGCCCGUGGAACAGAAGCCACCUCAGCACCUGGAGAUCGAGAUCAACAAGCAACAUGAAAACUCUGCCCAGGAGCACUUGGUCCAUUUGGAAGUAAAGCCAGUGGAGCACAAGCAGCCUCAACACUUGCAGGUGGAAAUCAAGCAGCAGCACUCGAACUCUCCUUCUAAUCACCAGAUGGAUCACAAGCUUCCUCAGCACAUGGAAGUUGAGAUCAAGCAGCAGCAGCAACAUCAACACCUGGUUUCUUUGUCAGCCAAGCCCGAAGAGCAGAAGCAUCCCCAGCAUAUCGAAGUGGAUGUCGUUCAGGAGAAUAAGCCAAAUCAGCACUUGAACCUCAACCUGCACCAAUAGAGCUGCAAUAGAUGUAUUCGUACAUAUAACAAAGGGCAUUAAAUAUGUAUAAUUACAAAGAGAGCGUUUUCACUGGCCCCUUUCACUCCCAAGGUGCUUGUAAAGUGAGAAAUAAAUAAAAAUGGUUAGCCCGUGAA